AUGGUGUCCUCGAGGCUCGUUCUGUCACUGCUGGUUGCAGCUCUCCUGCUGCACGUGGCCACCACGCUGAAGAUCAGUGCCUUCAACAUCAAGGCGUUUGGGGACAGCAAGAUGUCCAACCAGACCAUCGCAAACAUCAUCGUCUCUCUCCUGUCGGGAUAUGACAUCACCCUGGUGCAGGAGGUCCGGGAUGCCGACCUGAGCGCCGUGCAGAAGCUUGUGAACCAGCUCAACAGCGCGUCCCCGCACCCGUACAGGUAUUUGGUGAGCAUCCCCCUGGGUCGGACCAGCUAUAAGGAGCAGUACCUCUUCAUCUACAGGUCAGACAUGGUCUCUGUGCUGGGAAGCUACUACUACGACGACGGCUGUGAGGCCUGUGGGAACGACACCUUCAGCAGGGAGCCCUUCAUUGUGAAGUUCUCCUCACCCACCACGCAGGUGGAGCAGUUUGUGCUGGUGCCCCUGCACGCCGAGCCCAGCAGCGCGGCGGAGGAGAUCGAUGCGCUCUACGACGUCUACACCGACGUCCUCGACAAGUGGGCGACCAACGUGAGCGGCAGUGGGCAGCUGGGCUCCCCCCAGGGUAGCCAGGCGGGCUAG